GGCGGCUCUCGCACCGAGGUUGCGACGACUCCCCGAGGAGACGAGGUAGGGGACCCAAGAUAUAACCAACGCGUGUGACCCUUAUGUGUGCUUGGCCUUUCUGGCUUUGCAUUCUGUCACUGUAUCCAAGUAACCAAGUCACGGCCGCGAUUUCCAUUCUGUGAAACCAACAACAAGUCCGGGGCUACGCGUGUCGUAAACGAAAGCCCACAGCAGCGGCAACAUCUUUUUAUUGCAAAGUGAGGUUCGAAGCCUGUCGGACAAUGGCGACUAGGAGCAUGUUUACGCUCAACACGGGCGCGGAGAUGCCCGCCGUCGGCUUCGGAACGUGGCAGUCCAAGCCCGGCGAGGUGCAGGCCGCCGUGUCGUACGCGCUGCAGAACGGGUACCGGCUGGUGGACUGCGCGUACUGCUACGGAAACGAGGACGAGGUCGGCAAGGGGCUCAAGGAGGCGUUCGAGUCUGGCGCUGGUGCUGCUACAGUGAGGCGCGAGGACGUCUUCGUCAUGACCAAGGCGUGGGCGACGUACAACACGCGCAUCGAGGAGGGGCUCGACAAGAGCCUCAAGAGCUUGGGGCUGGACUAUGUCGACUUGUACCUGAUUCACUGGCCGGUCCUCCUGAACCCAAAGGGCAACCAUGACAAGUUCCCGACGCUGCCCGACGGCUCCCGCGACGUCAUCCGAGACUGGAACCACAUCGAGGCGUGGAAGCAGAUGGAGGCCCUGCUGAGCACGGGCAAGGUCAAGGCCAUUGGCGUCUGCAACUACAGCAAGCGUUACCUCGAGGAGCUGCUCAACCACGCCAGGGUCGUCCCCGCCAUCAACCAGAUCGAGAACCACCCCAGCCUGCCGCAGCAGGAGAUUGUCGACCUCUGCCGCGCCAGGGGCAUCCACGUCGUGGCGUACAGCCCGCUCGGCAGUACGGGGAGCCCGCUCUUCGCCGCCGAGCCGGUCGUCAGGGUCGCCGAGCGGCGCGGCGUCGGCCCCGGGACCGUACUGCUGAGCUACCACGUCGCCCGCGGCAACACCGUCCUCGCCAAGUCCGUCACGCCGUCGCGUAUCAAGGCCAAUCUCGACAUCGUGCCGCUCGACGCCGAGGACAUGAAGCUGCUGGACGACUACUCGGCCGAGCUGACGCGCAGGGGGGAGCUGAAGCGCUACGUGUACCCGCCGUUUGGCGUCGAAUUUGGCUUCCCGGACAAGUCAUGAUGGGGGCCUGCCGCAGCGAGAGCGGGGACCGGAUAGACGUAAAGGAAAUACAGGAAAAUCAUGCGAGCUGGUAGUAGUACAGAACGCGGGCACGGUCCAGGAUGCCAGAU